UAAUAAACUUGGAAGAUUUUUCUAUUGAUCUGGCACCAUUCCCUAUUUUUGGACAGGAAUUUAAGAAAAUGGGAAAUCUUCGGAAAUUGGAGUUCAGUCAUUGUCAGGUACGAGAAAUUAAUAACAGCACGUUCGAAAAUUUUAACUCAAGUGUUGAAUAUCUGUAUUUGUGGAAAUGUCGUCAUUUUGUAAAAGUAGAAAAUGGAAUACUUGAACCUUUUCCACAUCUUAAAGUGUUAGAUGUAUCAAACACGUACAUGCAUCCAAUCCAAGCUUUCCAUCUUCUGAAACCUUUAGCAAAUGGUUCUAUGGAAAUUAUCAACUUUAAUCAUGUAAAUGACGAAUCAAUAACAAACAACAGUACAUACAGAUAUGAAGUUAUUAUCACACAGGGCAUGAUGCAAUAUUUGAAAACAAUUUGUGUAAAAGUUAUCGAUGUUUCAAACAAUAAUAUUAUAGACUUUAACAAUGGAUCUCUUUUAACAUUUGAUAGACCAGAAUGUCUUCGUGAAAUUUCAUUGUCAAAAAAUCGAUUUUCAUUGUUUAACGGACAUCAACUUAACAAUACAAUACAGUUUUUUAAUAGUACCAGUAAUCUUUGGAAGUUCGAGUAUUCAUAUAUACCUUUAGGUUUUAUAAAUUUCACUCAACAUUUAGAAUUCAAUAUGAGUAGUAUUCCAAAAGACAGGGUCAUAACACUACCCUCUUCCAUACAAGUUGUACAAAUGAGUCAUAUUUUCCGUACUGGUGAACCAGUAUUAUGGGAAAUACCGGAAAAUACAAAAGUAAGUCGUUUCGAUGUAUCUUUCUGUCAAACUGUUGAUCAGGGGAAAAUAUUAGCCGGUUCGGAAAUAGAUUAUAUGGAUGUCACAGGAAUUGAUUCGAGGGUAAUUUUCGACACACUGCAUUUGCAUCCACUAUCUAACCUCAGAACCCUGAUAAUAGAACACUCAAAUUUAUACACCACAAGCAAAAUGCAGGACAAUAUUUUCACCUAUAUACCAGGAACAGAAAAACUUGACAUUUCAAACAACUUCUUAUGGGAAUUGCAUCUUAAUAUCUUUGAACAUAUGACAAAGUUAACCCACUUGAAUCUAUCAAAUAAUCUUUUCAGACAAAUUCCUAUGGCGAUCACAAAAAUACCAAAUCUCAAGGAACUUGAUGUGACCAACAACCUUCUAACCAACAUAAAUAUCUCCUUUCAAACUUAUUUCAAACAAUUAAACGAAAAACACGGAUUCAAACUUAAUUUGGACAAUAAUGCGCUUGCAUGUGACUGUACAAAUUCUGACUUUAUCGAAUGGCUUGAUAAAACCAAUGUGACACUUGAUGCUGAAGGAACAUACAAAUGCAUCCUUCAAAACUCAACAGAAAGUAAUACACAUCAUGCUGCUUUAUAUUACAAUUAUUUGUAUGCAGGAUGUAACAGCAAAUUAUGGCUUAAAGCAGUAAUCGGAUUGUUUGUGACAUUUAUUGGGAUUUUCAUUCCUUUUACACUUAUAUACAGUUUCAGAUGGAGAAUUUCAUUUUAUUUAUACAAACGCUUUAGAAAUAUGCUAGAAAAGGGUAUUGCUGUUAAUUUUAAGUAUGAUGUUUUUGUGUUCUAUCCUGAAGGUGGCCUUUCAUGGGUAAAAUAUGUAUUAAUACCAAAAUUAGAAAGAAAAUGGGGACUGCUAAUGUGUAUACCUGACAGAGAUUUUAUUGUAGGAAAACCUAUUGCUGAUGAAAUUGCAGAUAACAUCGAACAGAGCAGGCAUAUUAUUUUUCUCGUAACGGCUUCUUUUAAACAUGAUACGUGGGGAGAAUACGCCAUAGAAAGGGCAAAAUAUCAUCACUUUUCACAAAAUUUACAGAAAAUUAUAGUUAUAACAAAAGAUUUACAGACGGAAGAAGUUCCACACGAAUUAGCUGUGUUGUGGAAAGACAUAGCUCUUAUUGAAUGGCCAAUGAACGAAAAAGAUCUUGAAAAUACAUGGAAUAAACUCAAACUAUGGCUAUUCUUAAACCAGCCUAAUUAAUUGUUACCUAAAGGGAUUUUGAAAGGCUGUCAUAUAAGAGGAAGUGUGUGUUAUUGAGUCAGACAUGGUUAACUCGCCAAGUUCCAAUUUGGAGUGCUAUUACCAAGUCAGAAAUGUUCAUAAAUAUUUUUAGUGCAUUUUAUUUCUUCAAAAGAUUGCGUUUUUUACUACCCUGAAUAAUCUUGGAUUAAAAUUCGUUAUUCCUUUUACCCGAAUGUACCACUAAACAUUAUUGUUUUCUGAUAUGAAAUGAGAUUUCUACAUAACAAUACUGAUAUCUAUUUGCAGUAUGCGUAUCUAUUUAUUAUUAUUCAACGAUUCAAAUUGUGUUUGGUGAAAUAAUGGAAUGUUCUAGUGGAUAUGAGAUUUUAGUGGGUGUAUAUAUGUAUAUUGUGCAUUAAUCAGCUAUCCUACUUUAUCCUAAAUUAUGUAAUUUUUGUAGAUUUAUUUGUAAACUGAAAUGAUGUGGACAUUACAUUAAGUGUUUGGAAAUUGAUCCUGUCUUUGUAAAUGGCCAAUGUGUCUUACUGUACCUAGCCUUUGAGAUACUUUUUUAUGUUGCCAUACUUAUAAUUACAGGCUGAAUAAAGUUCGGACAGAUCUUACUGUGUCAUCUGGGCAUAAGAGAUAAUUUUAUAUUCAUCAGUUAUGAUUAAUUGAUUGUUUCAAAGGACAGAUUUUAAAAUUAAAAUAUUCUUUCCAAAAUUUUGGACUUUUAAAAAAUAAGUUUUAAUUUGUUUUCAUCAGCUCUCCAACAGGAAAUACGAUUAGAGGUGGAAUAUACAUGCAUAUGAAAAUUUCAAAAUGAUUUGUAGUAAAUUUUCAUAAACUAUAUGUAUAAUGAUAUAUAAUUUUUUAUGAAUUGUUGAUGUUCAAAUACAGAAACUAGGGCAGGAUGCCUCACUUGACACCGAUCUUUAUGUCGGAAUUAUACAUUUGAACUAAAUUUUCUUAAAAAGUAUAGAGUCAGGUGAUGAUGAAUUUAUAACUAAAUAAAAUGAUGUAAUUUCAUUUUUUCAAGAAAAAAAGGUCAAAGUGAUUUUUGUAUAAAAAUGUACAAUGAUUGAAACUUUUAAUUGAGAUUAAAGCAAAGCUUAGAAAUUUGUUACAAUUCAUCGAAAUGGCCAGAGUAUCAACAAAUAAAUUCAUAUAAAAUCUACAUAGAUAUCGAUGUCAGUCAUAGUUUCGCAGGCUUUAACAAACCCCAUGGUCUGUUUUAACUAUAUUAUGAAUGUUUGUGAUAGGGUUUUUGCAAUAUCUCACCUGUACCAACCAGUUCUAAUGAUUGUAUUUGUUGAGGUUUGAUUGGAUGAGUGAGUGAUAUUGAAAAUACCACAUCAUAUAUAAUUUAUUAUAUACUUAAAUAUUUUUUUGUCUUAUGGGUUUUGAUAAAGCCAGUACAUACAUGACUGAUUUUGAUAUCAUCUUGGAUGGUGGAUUCAGAACUACUCUCAUGGGUUGUAUUACACAUAAAAUUAAAGUGUAUUUACUUCUAUACAUAUAUAAUUAUAAAUACAUAUAACUUAUACACAGCGACACUUUGAAAGUCUAAAUAUAAGUUUUACACAGUCAAGAAUUUUGGUUCUCAUUUAAGUAUGGACAAAAAUAAGUUUUGUCUUGAUUGGUUCAUGGACAUUAUUUAUAUAAUAAUGCGCUGACAUUAGGUAUUUAACAAGGUUGGGCGGUAAAUACCGCCCCUGGUAUUUACCAGCGGUAUUUACCGCCCCGCACAAUACUCCUCAAGUGGUCAAUACUGGCAAAUACUGGUCGAUUGAAAUUUUUAUGGUGGUUUUUACUAUUUAUUGAAGAAAAAAAAAUGCUAAAAAGUAAGAUAUAUUUAAACUUUUAUCUUUUGGCAUGUUUCACUGAUAUAAAUGAAUGAAUUUGAUAUGUAUUAUUCAUUUUUAACACUUAUAUCUACUAAUUUAGUCCUUAUAAGUUAUGAUAUUGCAUAUUUUAGAUAUAUAUAAAGAAUUGACAAAUUAAUUAUUACAACAUUUUUCAAUCAAGAUAUCUUUUAUUGAAAAUGCAUAAUUUUUACAGGUACAUAAAACUACAGGUAAAAGAAGUAACAGGUGUCUUAUAACCUAUCACCUGGCAUUGCUAGGUGUGAAAAUUUAAUUAUUAUAAAAACAACAGCCCCAAUAAAUGAUGAUAAAACAUGUUUGAAAGUAAUAAAAGUGAUACUUGAAGACUCACUUAAACAAUAAAAUAUCUCCUGUCUAUUAAAUGCGAGACAAAAAUCAUCUUUAUGCAGGAAAUGGAAGGUAUGAAGGACCUUUACUCUUAUGGCUGAACUGUAAUUUAUGUUUUAAACCAAAAAAUAUAUAAUGUAGUAUAAAUUUUACCUUUACAUAAUCAAUAUUUACAUGAUUUACAUACACAUAGUACAACCAUCUUGACCUUAAGAACCAAACUGAAACCUGAAGACCCUAUUUGGAAUUUCUAUACAAUAUAAGACAACAACAAAACCAGUGCAAAAUGUAAUGAUUGCAAUGCUAUAGUCAGUGCAAAAGCCACCUGAUGAGUUUCCUUGCCAGGGACGAAACAUUUUUAUCUUAUGUACUAAUAAAUCAUUGUAAAUCCCUGUUUAUUACGAAUUUACAAUAAAAAUAGAAAUGAGAACAUUUAAAAUGACUUUAACACUUUCAUUAUUUCAUAACUAAAAGUAAUUGACCAGGUACAGAGUGGUUUUAAUAGUGAGGUCCACUCAAAAUUUCAAUCGACCAGUAUUUGCCAGUAUUUGUCGGUAUUUACCAGUAUUUACCGCCGGCAUGGUGUCAAUACUAGCCGCUUUUUUGCCAACCUUGGUAUUUAAUGAUGCCUAUAGUAUUUUUAACAUUGCCAUAUAAGCGGAAGGUUUAGCUAGCCAUAAAACCAGGUUCAACUCACCAUUUUAUCUUAAAAUGUCCUGUACUGUCAGGAAUAUGGCAUUUGUUAUCAAAUAGUCCAUUUCUAUGUAUGUUGGCGUUUGUUUUUGUAGCAGUUCAGUGUUUAUGUUGUUCCGUUGUUUUCCUCUUAUAGUUGAUGUGUUUCCCUUGGUUUUGGUUUGUGACCCGGAUUUGUUUCAGUUAAAUCGAUUUAUGACAAUUGAACAGCGGUAUACUACUGUUGCCUUUAUCUAUAGUAAUUUCUAAUUUUAGUUUUCUAUCAAUUGAACUGCUUGAGCACAGCAUUGUAAAUUCUUGUACUUUUUUGGGACAUAUGAAAUUUUCACUAAACUACAGAAGUCAAUAUUACAAUAUAAAACAGCAUGAUAAAGCAUACUGUAACCUUUCUAUCAGUUACUUCUUUUCUGUUAUGUACUACUUUCUUUGCCAUGCCCAAAGAUAGAUUCAUUGAUUGAAUGGUGUUUAGUGUCACUUUCAGCACCAUUGGCUAUUUAAUGACGGUAAACUUCUAUUGGUGGAGGAAGUGGGAGUGCUAGAGAGAACCACCCACCUUUCGUAGGAAAACUGACAAUCCUAGGCAAUAAAGAUUGGAUUCAAACGAGCCUGCGUAAGAUUGAGCUUGCAUUAUAUUUUUAUGCUGAAGCUAGAAAACUUCCUGAGGUCUGAGGUCUUCUAAAUAUAGUAACAAAGUAAUAUUUCCUUAAAAGUCAUUAUCAUUUCACCCCCUUUCUUCUCAAUUUUGGGUUUGUUUUAGGGUGGAAAAUACGUUUUAUUUUUGCAUUUCCAUUUGCCUAACUAUAAUUGUAGCCAUUUUCAGUGUGCAGUAUAAAAACAUUAUUGGGUCAAUGCCAGAAAAUAUCAACAUUUGUGUAUUCACCAUGAAAGUUGAAAGACUCUCUAAACCUCGUCUUUUUCCAGUUUCUAAGCUUCAUACAAAAAGUUAAUAUAUUUUUUAAUGUUUAUCUAAUCUUAUUAUAUAUACUGGAUUCUCACAAAGAGUUUGUGUAUGCUUGUUGAAUGCAUAUUUUGGACUCUAUUUUCUGUCAAAUUCCUGUCAUUCUUAAAACUCCUAUCCAUGCUUAGUACUGGCAAAUUUUAGUGUUCCAAAGUCAAAGCAGGAAUCUACCAGAUCAACAGAAACUAUGUUUGAUGCUAAAAUUUUCCUUUCAGUACUGGUAAAAAAAACAGUUGACACACAAUCAGGGAGGGAAUAGGAUGACAUAAUGCAAUAGGGGUUUCAAAUAAUAACUAAAGAUCAUUUCAUUUAUAGUUUUAAAGGAGGUAACAAAUCAAAUUUAAUGAAAUCAGUAUCGUACGGUGUAAACUAGUGUAACAAUGAAUAAAUAAAAAAUACCAUGAGUGGUUUGCUUAAUAUGAUGUUCCUUUGAAAGAAUAUAUGAUCAAUUAACCUUUCACUUUGUGUCUUAAAAAAUAAAUCAAAAGUUUUAAAGGUUGCAUUAUUGUCACAGCCAAUGCCAAAAAAACACAAAAGAUGUACUGAAAGCCAGGAA